AUGACGCAGUAGCUAAACUGUUUCAGUUGAUAAUUAUUAUUAUUUAUUUGAUUUUCUUUGACAAAUUCUACUAAUAAUAAUAAUAUCUCUUGUUGAUUUGAACUGGCGAUGAUGAGUUGCCGUCAUCAUUUGAUACUCUGCGUCCUCUUGUUGCUAUUUGAUGAAGGGUCACUGAGGUACAUCCCAUUCCCAGCAGCACCCCUCAUCCCUGUUGCCUACACAUUGGAGCCACAGGGAGACCUCGCAACAAGUCAAGAUGUCUUCACUCCUUCCCCAUCAAAUCUUCUGAACCAAAUUCACCACAAUACUACACCAGCAUUCAAAGAUCAGCACAACACACCAUCCCAUCAAGAUAUUAUUGAUCUAUCUGGAUUUUCAACCAUUAGCUAUACUGACCACUUUGACUCAAUAUCCACAACUUCACCAAGUGGUGGUCUCAAAUUCAAUGCCAGCCGGAAUGCCAGUCAAUUUAUCAAUGAUCAAACAUCAUCAUCAUCAUCAGCUCACGAUAUUGGCUACACUGAACGGAUAGACAACGAAACUAAAAUGGCGCCUGCUAGUGGUUGGAAUAACAGCAGUGAUGUUACGCCUUCCUCUUCUUCUGCUGUUUCUUAUUCUGAGCUAAACAACUCUCUUGUUGGAACCAACAUUAGCCAGAGCAACGCUAGUGGCCACACUGAAGAUCUCUCAGUGACUUUGGAGGACAGUCCUCAUCCGAACGGAUCUGUGGUGGUGCUGGAAACAAGUGACCCGUUAGCUGAUCUAAACGUUGAUCCUAUGUCAGCCCCUGACGUCAUUGACUUCUACACUCAUCGGACAGAUUCUGUCUCGGUCACCGAUGACCUUGGCAACACUAGUCUUAGUUUACAUCGUAACAACACUAACGUCACUGUCACAGUAGAUACUAGUGCAGUAGUUACUGAGACUGCAGUGCAGGCUGAACUGAACACAGACUUGAUGCUGGGCCUGGAGGAGGAGGAGGUAGUGCGGGAAGAAGAGGAGGAGGUAGAGUGGGAAGAAGAGGAGGAGGAAGAGCGGGAAGUAGAGGAGGAGGUAGAGCGGGAAGAAGAGGAGGAGGAAGAGCGGGAAGAAGGAGGAGGUAGAGCGGGAAGAAGAGGAGGAGGUAGAGCGGGAAGAAGAGGAGGAAAAAGCCAGUGGCCAUCUUAAUACUACUCAGGAUGCUUCACUCUCAGACCCCCUGAUCGACGAUAUUAAUCAUGCUUAUGUGAUAACAGGUGACUAUAAUGUUAGCGCUGAGGCUAAUGACUCUGUGAUAACAGGUCACUAUAAUGUUAGCGCUGAGGCUAAUGACUCUGUGAUCACAGGUCACUAUAAUGUUAGCGCUGAGGCUAAUGACUCUGUGAUAACAGGUCACUAUAAUGUUAGCGCUGAGGCUAAUGACUCUGUGAUCACAGGUCACUAUAAUGUUAGCGCUGAGGCUCAUGGCUCUGUGAUAACAGGUCACUAUAAUGUUAGCGCUGAGGCUAAUGACUCAUCCUCAGUUGCUAUUAGUGGCUUCAGCGACAAAUUGUACUUUAUAAAAGAAGAAGCUCACAAUGAAAGUCAGGAAGCCGUUACCCUUUCCUCUUCUGCCAUUGGCUACACUGAAUAUGAAGAUUCCAUCGAAGCGACCAAUGACUACCAGAGUACUGUUACCAGCGGAGACGAAGGAACAACGUCACCUACGCUUACUAGUACCAGCGUGGAGCAGAGUGGCGAGAAUGAGAACCAGGAAGUGCUUCCUAUUGCGGCUCCUAUGAUUGGCUAUCCUUCCUUGGAGUCUGUGGAUCCUAAUGAAAGCACCACAAAGUCAACUGUUGUGCUGAACUACAUUGACUAUAUUGACUCUGAACCUCGUUACUCUAACCACUAUGUGAAUGUAGCCAGCAGUGAAAAAUCUGCCCACUCUUCAUCCUCCUCCUCUCCUCUUGAACCUGACAGUGACCACCUCCAAUCUGCUGAUGAUGCUGAACUAGAGGUACUAGGCUCUGGGUUGGAGGAAGAGGAGGAGAAUAGGAGCGGAGAGAACAAUUAUAGCAGCUGUAGCUGUGGUAACACCACCUCCAGUGCGAGUCACCAUCCUACCACCACCAUUGACAACACUGACUAUGAUUGGGGCUCGGCUGAAGUCAGUACGACAGGUAACCAGGGUAACAGCACAGCAGACAUUGAAGUCCCAACUGAAGUUAGUAGGAUUGUUCAGGGAAACAGCAGCAGCAUCUCCAUGGUACCUUCUGCUGAAAGCAGCUCUGUCCAUGGUAACUACACAGUCAUUGUUCUAUCUGACUACAGUGACAACAUCACCACCACUACUCUGACCCCCACCAACCGUACCAGAGAAGGGGUUGUUGUGAGUACCAACCCCACCGCCGUGCUUGAGGAACCCACAGGAGAGAGCCGAUGUGGGACUGCAUGUUCUCCCAGCAAGGCCCUACCCUCCACCACCACCAGUCUGGAAGCCAAAGAGGAAGAGAAGGACCAGAAAGUGUCUGAUGCUGUAAAGAAGCCUGUGUCAUUGUGGAACAGGGGCCGCUCGUUGUGGCCUCGGUUUCCAUGGAUGCGCAGGUAUUAGAUCUACGGAUCUCUGGGACCGGGAACAUUUUUUGAGGGGAACCAAAUCUGAGGGGAACAUUUUUGAGGGGGAACAGUUCUGAGGGGAUUAAUGAAAGAUAAGAGAUAUUCAUAUUUGUAUAGUUUUUUUAGAUGUUGCCAUGGAUGCAGUAGUUUGGGGGUUUAAUGUUCGUGCAUGUCCACUAUGUUGUUGUACACCACAAUAUGUAUAUUUUAAAUAAAUAGUCCUCAAUA